CGCCGCGGUCCCGGCAUGGCGGAGCCGGAGGCCUCGCAGCCCGGCCGGACCCCGCCGCCCCCCGCGGCCGCGCCCGGCCCCGGCCCCGGCCCCGGCCCCGCCGCCGGCUCCAGCGACCCGGCCCGGCCCGGGCUGAGCCAGCAGCAGCGCGCGAGUCAGCGCAAGGCCCAGGUGCGGGGCUUCCCGCGGGCCAAGAAGCUGGAGAAACUCGGGGUGUUCUCGGCCUGCAAGGCCAACGAUGCCUGCAAGUGCAACGGCUGGAAGAACCCCAACCCGCCCACUGCCCCCCGCAUGGACCUGCAGCAGCCCGUGACCAACCUGAGCGAGCUGUGCCGUAGCUGUGGACACGCCCUAGCUGACCACGUGUCCCACCUGGAGAACGUCUCGGAAGAGGAGAUCAGCCGGCUGCUGGGGAUGGUGGUGGACGUGGAAAAUCUCUUCAUGUCGGUCCACAAAGAGGAGGACACGGACACCAAGCAAGUGUAUUUCUACCUGUUCAAGCUGCUGAGGAAAUGCAUCCUGCAGAUGAGCCGUCCUGUUGUAGAAGGGUCCCUUGGCAGCCCCCCCUUUGAGAAGCCGAACAUCGAGCAGGGAGUCUUCAACUUCGUCCAGUACAAGUUCAGCCACCUGCCCCCCAAGGAGCGUCAGACCAUGUACGAGCUCUCCAAGAUGUUCCUGCUCUGCCUCAACUACUGGAAGCUGGAGACGCCCUCCCAGUUCCGGCAGCGCUCGCAGAACGACGACGUGGCCACCUACAAAGUCAACUACACCCGCUGGCUGUGUUACUGCCACGUGCCCCAGAGUUGUGACAGCCUCCCCCGCUAUGAGACCACCCACGUCUUCGGGCGCAGCCUGCUCAAGUCCAUUUUCACCGUCACCCGCCGGCAGCUGCUGGAGAAGUUCCGGGUGGAGAAGGACAAGCUGGUGCCGGAGAAGCGGACACUCAUCCUCACCCAUUUCCCCAAGUUUCUGUCCAUGCUGGAAGAGGAGAUCUACGGGGAGAACUCACCCAUCUGGGAAUCUGACUUCACCAUGCCAGCCACGGAAGGCGCCCAGCUGGUCCCACGCCCAGCAGCCGUCAGCACCGUCGCCGUGCCCAGCACCCCGAUCUUUAGUAAGAAGCUCGGCAGCAGCAGCUCCUUGUCCUCCAUGAGCCUUGACGCCAGCUCGGCAGAGCCUGUGCCAGGUGAGAAGCGGAAGCUGCCUGAGAGCCUGACGCUGGAGGACGCCAAGCGGAUCCGGGUCAUGGGCGACAUCCCCAUGGAGCUGGUCAACGAGGUGAUGCUGACCAUCACGGACCCGGCUGCCAUGCUGGGCCCGGAGACCAGCCUGCUGUCAGCCAACGCGGCGCGGGACGAGACGGCGCGGCUAGAGGAGAGACGCGGCAUCAUCGAGUUCCACGUCAUCGGCAACGCGCUCUCGCAGAAAUCCAACAAGCGGAUCCUGAUGUGGCUGGUGGGGCUGCAGAAUGUCUUCUCCCACCAGCUGCCCCGCAUGCCCAAGGAGUACAUCACCCGCCUCGUCUUCGACCCCAAACACAAGACCCUGGCUCUGAUCAAGGACGGCCGGGUGAUCGGGGGCAUCUGCUUCCGGAUGUUCCCCACCCAGGGCUUCACGGAGAUUGUCUUCUGUGCUGUCACCUCCAACGAGCAAGUGAAGGGGUACGGGACGCACCUGAUGAACCACCUGAAGGAGUAUCACAUCAAGCACAACAUCCUCUACUUCCUGACCUACGCCGACGAGUACGCCAUCGGCUACUUCAAGAAGCAGGGCUUCUCCAAGGACAUCAAGGUGCCCAAGGGCCGCUACCUGGGCUAUAUCAAGGACUACGAAGGGGCGACGCUGAUGGAGUGCGAGCUCAACCCCCGCAUCCCCUACACCGAGCUCUCGCACAUCAUCAAGAAGCAGAAGGAGAUCAUCAAGAAGCUGAUCGAGAGGAAGCAGGCGCAGAUCCGCAAGGUCUACCCAGGCCUGACCUGCUUCAAGGAGGGCGUGCGGCAAAUCCCUGUCGAGAGCAUCCCUGGAAUCCGAGACACGGGAUGGCGGCCGCUGGGGAAGGAGAAAGGGAAGGAGCUCAAGGACCCAGACCAGCUGUACAACACCCUGAAAAACCUCCUGGCCCAAAUCAAGACCCACCCCAGCGCCUGGCCCUUCAUGGAGCCCGUGAAGAAGUCAGAGGCCCCUGACUACUACGAGAUCAUUCGCUUCCCCAUCGACCUGAAGACCAUGACUGAGCGUCUGAAGAACCGCUAUUACGUCACCAAGAAGCUCUUCGUCGCCGACCUGCAGCGCAUCAUCACCAACUGCCGGGAGUACAACCCCCCCGACAGCGACUACUGUAAGUGCGCCAACGCCCUCGAGAAGUUCUUCUACUUCAAGCUCAAGGAGGCCGGGCUCAUAGACAAGUAGGCACUUGGGGGGCCCUGGCCCUUCAGCGUCUCCUCCUGGCCUCGCGCUUCCCUUGUGCCCGGAGCUCCUGGCCGGGACAUCGCUUCCUGCGUCACUCUCCCAGGAGGGUCUCCUGGGCUUCUCCGAGCCCGGAUCAGGUGGGGGCGGGGCGUGCAUAGCUGCUGAACGGCCAGAGUGUGGGGCCAGCUCCCCUCCUGCUGCUGGGGGACGCCCCUGGGACUCUGGCUUCUCUGCUGGCACUCGCUGGCUCACCACUGGCCUCUCCCCUUGGUGUCAGGGCUGCGUUAGCCACCGGGGCAGCAACCAGGACCGGAGCGGCCCAGGGCCCCUCUGCAGCAGUCCAGGUGACACUCAGCAUGCGGGUGUCGCUGCACAAACUCGGAGCCUCACCCUGGAGGCAGGAGCCACGGGGUGCUCUUGGCUCUGCAGUGGAUUCAGCCGGGGCAUGGACCUGCUGGGCUUGAAAUUCCCCUGGGCUAUGCACAUGGCAUGUCUUUGCUUUAUGUGGCCGAGGCCCAGCCCCCACUCCCCCCCCGCAUCUCCCAUACGAACACUGCUCCUGCCGCAGCCUGCUGUGUUCCCUUCGCCUCCUGUUCCUGCCCGCUCCUUUGCUCCCCGUGGAGCAUCCCUCCCUGCUACUCACUGCAUGAAUGUAAAAUGGGGUCGGUGUUCUCCUCCCCUGCUGGCUAGAGGGCAGUGGGGACGGGAGCUGCCCCACUCUGGCCUUGCCUGGGUUCAGGGUCUCGGCUGCAGGCUGUGUGAGGUGGUCCGAGGGGUCUGUAUCAGCUCUCAGCCAUUCCUCCCCCAGCAGCUCGGCCUGCGGCCGAUGCUCUGUUCUGUCCUGCCCCGGCGCUGCAUGCUCCCCUGGGGCUGGGCCCUUGCCUGUGAGUCCGGCCCCAGCCCUGCUUCUCUGGGGUGAGCCAUUCGGCUAGCGUGUUAGCCCCUGCUGCGGGCCCUCUGAGCUGCACCAGAUUCUGACCCCAUCUCCCCUGCCCCGUGCUCCAGGGCUUCUCCCGGCUCCAGCUCCCUGAGCGCUGCACUCCUGCGCCAUAGUAAGGGCCACCUGGGGCAAAGCUUCCCACCAUGGGCUCCUGCCCCUCCAUUUCAGUGGCACUUGGGCUGCAGGCCCUGGGGCAGGGGAGGGUUCUCCAGUGUGGUGGGGUGACAGCUCAGGGGAAAUAGGUCCUAGGCUGGAGCUUUGCUGUGCAGGGGUAAACAGAGUGGUGAGCGGCUAAGCCAGGACCCCUCCCUGCUCCUUCCUCUGCGGCCUGAACGGAGUCCCCUGGGCAAGGGAAUGAUGGGCCCUGGGGCGGCUGCUCCCUGCCUCACAGCUGGGUUACUGAGCUGUCCUGCAACCCCUCGGGAAACAGGAGCCUCCUGCUCCUUCUGCCUCCCCUCCAUGGCAGGGGGCCCCUGAGUCCUGGCAGAGCGACAGGCCCCCGCGAAGUAAAGAGCUGUUGCCCUCUGGCUCAUCGGUCACCUCCCUGUGGUACCAGCCCGUGUUGCUCCUGGCGGCCUGGCUGAAGUCACUAGCAACGCAGAGGAGCGGAUGGAAGAGCAGCCAGGCGGGGGAAGCAUUUUGCCGUCGUGUUCCCCCAGACUGCUCACUGUUGCCUUAUUCUCCCCGCGCGCUGGCCUGUCUCUCAUGCGCUGCCAUGGGGCAACUGGUCCUGCUGCCAGGGGCCCUUCCCAUCUCCCCAUUUCAUUUUUAUUUUCCUUUAUUUUAUUUUUUUAAAUAAAUGUACGUGGCCCCCGUGAA